UCCCUGCCGCACUCACUGCACUACAGGCACUUGCGAGUUGCGACCACACAACAAUGGCCUGGCGAACUCGAGUCCUGCUCGUCCUCGCCUUCGCUGCCGUUGCCCUGCUAGCCAGCGGCACCGCGGCCGCGGCCGUGGGAUUAUCCGCUGGCGCCGAGGCGAUGCCGUCCCUGCACGCUCUGCGGCGCGUGGAGGACGACGCGAGCAGCUUCGUGGAGGGUGAGGAGGCGGCGGCGUACCCGCGGAGGAGGGCGCUGUACAGCAGCGGGUCCAUCAACUACGCCGCUCUUACCGCGAGCAAGGCCGCCUGCUACGGCCCAUGCCCUGCCCGCGGGCAGGCCUACAGUCGCGGCUGCCAGGCCAUCUACCAGUGCCGCGGUUGAGCCGCGUUGCAGUGCUCGCGUCAGUUGAUCUUCCCCUGAGAGAACGCGGUUGUUACUUGUAUCUUUCUUGUGCUAGUUCUGGCGCGUUUGUUCUGCGUGGAUUCACCAUAUAAGCAGUUUAUACAUUGAUGUGUACACUCUCAUGUUCUUUUUACCGCUUAAUAUAGUUGCAAGAAGAGUUUACUGCUCAAUAAGGAAGUUAAGAACACUGAUCAUGUCUAUUUUCAAUUCA